AUGCAUCGCACGUACUCUAUGCGCCAGUCGCGCGCUCCCACUGCCUCGCAGAUCCAGAACCCGCCGCCGCCAUCAUCUUCCACCAAGGCAGGCCGCAUCUUCGGCAAGUCCAACAUCGGUAUGUCUCCACUCGCCAAACUGCAAUGCGAUUGCACGAACAAAGUCCGCCGAAGCUGACACAGUGUCGCAAGGCCACACUUUCCGCAGGUCUGUCCACCCGGGCGCCUUUGGCCCUGACCUCGCAAAGAAGCUGUCUUCGCUUGUCAAGAUGGAGAAGAACGUGAUGCGCUCCAUGGAGCUUGUGGGCCGGGAGCGCAUGGAGGUCGCUGUAUGUUUCUAUACCUGUGGAACCAACGUGAUGGAUCGGAGCUGAUCAGGGACACAGCAACAACUCUCUAUCUGGGGUGAGGGCUGCGACGACGACGUCUCGGAUGUGACCGACAAGCUCGGCGUGCUCAUCUACGAGAUCGGUGAGCUCGAGGACCAGUUUGUCGACCGCUACGAUCAAUACCGCGUGACCAUGAAGAGCAUCCGUAACAUCGAAGCCUCGGUCCAGCCCAGCAGAGACCGCAAGCAGAAGAUCACCGACCAGAUCGCACAGCUCAAGUACAAGGAGCCAAACAGCCCAAAGAUUGUCGUCUUGGAGCAGGAGCUCGUCCGUGCCGAGGCCGAGUCCCUCGUCGCUGAGGCUCAGCUGUCCAACAUCACUCGUGAGAAGGUAAAGGCUGCGUUCACCUACCAGUUUGAUGCCCUCCGCGAGCACAGUGAGAAGCUUGCCAUUGUCGCGGGCUUCGGCAAGCACCUCCUUGAGCUGGUCGACGACACUCCUGUUACCCCUGGCGAGACCCGCAACGCCUACGAUGGCUACGAGGCCUCCAAGGCUAUCAUCCAGGACUGCGAGGAUGCGCUCACCAACUGGGUUGAGCAGAACGCUGCUGUCAAGUCCAACCUUUCCACUCGUGCACGAACCCUUUCCCUGCGCCGCCGCAACAAUGCCUCGGGCGUUGACCUGACCGAUCAGGACCAGUCCCGCGAGUCUGGCCUGUGGGUUCCAGCCAGCCAACACCAGCAGGAGGAUUACGAUGAGGAUGAGGACGCCGAGGUCGACGCUCGGGGUCGUGAGGAAGAGCGUGUACAGCCUGUCUAA